CCCCCAAUCGUCGAUCAAAUAUUCUUUUCUCUUUAAAACAAACAUAUAAACGGAAAACUCACUUGCAGUUAGGAACUAACUGCAAAGUGCUUAGUAUUUCUCCGAUUCUUAACAACCAUGGAUGAAUCUGCGGUGAAUACGUCCAACAUGGAUGGCAAAGGUGGAUUUAGGGCUGCAUCCUUCGUAUUCGCCUUGGUUUCAUUGGAGAACAUGGGUUUCGUAGCGAACAUGGUGAAUUUGGUGUUGUACUUUCAAAUCCAAUUGUAUUUCCAUGUGUCCGCAGCAGCCAACACGGUCACCAAUCUGAUGGGCUCGACGUUCUUGCUCACCAUCAUCGGUGCCUUCAUUUCGGACACUUACAUAAACCGAUUCAAGACGACUCUUUAUUUUGGUAUACUUGAGAUUGUGGCUUUGGUGCUGAUGACCAUUCAAGCUCGAUACAAAGAUUUAGAGCCAAACCCAUGCCCAAAAUCAAGUUGUCUAUCGGGUGGAAUAGCUAUAAUGUUUUACGCAUCACUGGCUUUGCUAGCCAUGGGCUCAGGUGGGGUUAGGGGUGCUCUUCCGGCACUUGGUGCGGACCAAUUUAACCAGAAAGACCCAAAGGAAUCCAAAGCCAUUGCGACUUACUUUAAUUUCUUACUGCUUAGUACAACGUUGGGUGCCACAAUUGGAGUGACGGUUAUUGUUUGGGUGGCCAAUAAUAAGCAUUGGUGGCCUGGUUUCCUCAUUUCUCUUCUUGCUAAUUUUGUUGGAUUGGUUAUUCUUGCCUUUGGCAGCCGUUUUUACCGGAUUCACCUCCCAGGAGACAGCCCUCUCUUAAGAGUUGUACAGGUCAUAGUUGUGGCAAUGAAAAACUGGAGGUUGCCGGUACCAAAAGAUGCCGGCCAACUUUACGAGCUUUCUGAGAAAGAAGUUUUAGCCUCAUCCAAGGAUCCAAGGAUUCAGCACACUGACCAAUUCAGGUGGCUUGACAAAGCGGCAAUUGUAAGAAACAAUAACGCAGAACCAACUCCAUGGACAGUAUGCACCGUGACACAAGUCGAAGAAGUUAAGGUUCUAGCAAGAAUGUUUCCAAUCAUAGCCAGCACAAUCAUCUUAAACACUUGCAUGGCCCAACUUCAAACCUUCUCGGUCACACAAGGCUACUUCAUGGACCGUUACAUCCGUAAAUUCCAAGUCCCCGCAUCAUCCAUCCCCGUGAUACCACUAAUUUUCAUGAGCAUUUUAAUCCCGAUUUACGAAUACGCAUUCGUCCCAUUCGCCCGAAAAUACACCAAACACCCGUCUGGGAUCAGCCAACUCCAACGUGUGGGAGUCGGGCUGGUCCUCUCGGUCGUGUCCAUGGCCGUGGCCGGUUUCAUUGAAGUCAAGAGGAAGAACCACGACACGAAAUACGGGAAGCCAAUGAGCGUGUUUUGGUUAUCAUUCCAAUAUGGCAUUUUUGGGAUCGCGGACAUGUUUUCGCUAGUCGGAUUGCUCGAAUUCUUCUACAAGGAAGCGCCACUCGGGAUGAGGUCGCUCUCCACAUCGUUUACAUGGCUAUCACUAUCUUUUGGGUACUUCUUGAGCAGCAUCUUCGUGGAUGUUAUCAAUUCAAUCACUAAGAGAACUUCCCAUGACAAAAGAGGAUGGUUAGAAGCACAACUACUAGAUGAAAACCAUUUGGAGUAUUUCUUUUGGUUCUUGGCUAUUCUUAGCCUCCUUAAUUUCUUCAAUUAUCUGUAUUGGGCUUCAUGGUACAAGUUCAAAAAGGUUGCUGAUCAAAACCCGAGUGACAUAAAUGAUGAUGCUCGGGUCCAGCAACAGGCAGAAGAAUCAUUGGCAAGUGGUACUGAAACGUCAAGACAGGCCCUACUUGAAGCCCCAAAGGUGUCCACUAAUACUAAUGAUGGUGACGAGAAUGCCAAUGGUAAACAUGAUAAUGGAAAUUAGAAGAGCAUGGGCAUGUUUAAGCAUUGUGGGGAUUCUUUUUUCUUUUUUCUCAAUUUCUCUAGCUAAAUUGGGCUGCUGCUGCUGCUUUUUUUUUUUUUUUUCC